UCCUGUAUUUAAAUGGGAGCUGCUGCUGCUGCCCUUUGCUAAGCUGAAGUGAAGCAAUCUGAAGCUCUAGUGAGAAACUGCACUGGAUCUCACAUUAUUCCAGAGAAUCUAACGGCUUUACACACACACACACACACACACACACAAAGGUAAAUUGGCUGCCCUAAAUUCAGAGGAGAGCUCUUUGGUUUUGGUUAGAUUUUGUUCACCUGAAUAAUCAACCCAUUCAAAGGGGGAUCUCUUGUCCCUCUGAGGACUUCAGCAGCACCAAAACUGUGGAGUCCUUCAGUACAUGGAAUGACUCGGAAGCCAAAGUCUACAAACUGAUGGACCUGCCUCCUAGAGCCCCAACAGACAAACAUCAUCUAUGGCAAGCCCUGCUGUCUACUGGAAAGAGGGCUUAGCAGUUGGCGUCACCCUGCUGAAACCAUAAUUGAGGAGGUGUUUACAGAAAGAAGGCUGAAUAGAAAGACAUGCAAGGCAACAAUGCUGUGUAUUAUCAAUGCAAUUGAAAUAGUUGUUCAGAGUAUUCUCAAAGGACAGUUGCUACAGUGGAGAUUGCGACAGUGGGAUUUUUAUUCUCCUCUGCCAACCAAGUACUCACGGGUGACAACAGAAGACAGAGACUAAACAAGAAGAUGACAGUGCAAGAUGUUCCUGGUGCCUUUCCUACAGUGAAUGUCCCAGACCAUGCCCAUUAUACAAUCGGAGUAGUCAUUCUUAUCGUGGGGAUCACGGGAACUCUGGGCAAUUUUCUGGUCAUCUAUGCUUUCUGCAGGAGUAGGAGCCUUCAGACUCCCGCCAACAUAUUCAUCAUCAAUCUAGCCAUUAGUGACUUCCUGAUGUCCGUUACGCAGUCUCCAGUUUUUUUCACCAACAGCCUCCACAAACGCUGGAUUUUUGGUGAGAAAGGCUGUGAGCUGUAUGCCUUCUGCGGAGCUCUUUUUGGCAUUACAUCUAUGAUCACUUUGAUGGUGAUUGCCUUGGACAGAUAUUUUGUCAUCACAAAACCUCUGGCUUCUGUUGGAGUGACGUCUAAGAAGAAGGCCCUAAUAAUCCUGGGAGGAGUCUGGCUGUACUCUUUGGCUUGGAGCCUCCCGCCCUUCUUUGGAUGGAGUGCGUAUGUUCCCGAGGGUCUGAUGACUUCCUGUUCCUGGGACUACAUGACUUUCACACCGUCAGUCCGUGCCUACACGAUGCUGAUUUUCUGUUUCGUCUUUUUCAUUCCUUUGAUUGCUAUCAUAUACAGCUACGUCUUUAUAUUUGAGGCUAUCAAGAAGGCCAACAAGUCUAUUCAGAUAUUUGGAUGUAAACAUGGAAAUAAGGAGUUCCAGAAACAGUAUCAGAGGAUGAAAAAUGAGUGGAAGAUGGCCAAAAUCGCACUGAUUGUCAUCUUGCUUUAUGUCAUUUCCUGGUCACCAUACUCUGUUGUUGCUCUGGUGGCUUUUGCUGGGUAUUCCCACGUCCUAACUCCCUUCAUGAACUCCAUACCAGCUGUGAUUGCCAAAGCUUCUGUCAUCCAUAACCCCAUCAUUUAUGCCAUCACUCACCCCAAAUACAGAACAGCCAUUGCAACAUAUGUUCCUUGCCUUGGAUCCCUGCUGAGAGUUUCUCCUAGAGACUCCCGGUCUUUCAGCAGCUACCCAUCCUCCAGACGAGUGACUAUAAGCAGCCAGUCUUCUGAUGGCUGUACUGACACAGAAACUGAUACCCCCAGCAUGUUCUCCAGACUUGCUAGCAGACAGAUUUCCUAUGAAACGGGUAAAGACACAACUCAAACUAGUGACAUAAGAGCCAAACAUAAGCUGAGGAGUCGUGACUCUGGGAAUUGUGAGAAGACAGCUGUAGAUGCUGAUGACAUAUCCAUGAUGGAAUUGAAUGUCACAGAGUACACUGCUACACUUACUAGAGGUGAGAGCCUGAAUGAUAUUGGACAAAGAAAAGGAGAGUCUCACCACAGACUUUCUGCAGCCCAGAUACCCAGCAUUACAGUAACAUACAGCAGUGUUCAAGGAACAGAGCAGCCUUGUGGAUACAGCUCUGGUUUUCUGCACCCUAAGAUCAACAGCCGCAAGCAGAACAAGAAGUCCAACAGCUAAGUGAGCCACGCAAGCCAGGCUGUCACCUCAGCCAACACCUCUGGGACAACUAUGGACCAGCUGAAUCCAGAACAACUUCCUACAUUGUUCUGAAAUGCUCCUACAAAGACACAACACAAGACAAGCAAGAGGAGUAAGCUUUCCAGCAUCAGAACUAUCUCCAGUGGUUCACUUCUUGAUCUGAGUGACAUUGUAAUUUUAUUCUUUUUUCUUUAUGCAGCUCAUGAAACAAUUUCCUUCACUUGGAUUUUACUCUGCUUUACUCUACUUCCACCACUGCAUGGAUCUUACUUACAGGCCUCCGAGGAUUAACUUGAGAGGAAAGGGAAAUAGGAGAUUCAAACCUGGCCUUUGUUCACUUUGUGUAGUUUAACUUCAAAGCUAUUACAAAGCUAAAGCUGAGAGAUUUGGGGGAAAAUGUACAUUACUUCCUGAAGACAGUUUCUUCAUUACUGUGAAGUUCCUCAACCAAAUGAAAACUCAAUCACACAGUCAGUGCUCCCUUCUCUCAUUAACAACCCAUGUUCCCUCAUUUUCUUCUACAAUCCAACUGAAAGGCAAUACAGUUGAGCAGUAAUUUGAAGUCUCAGAUCUUUGUCUUAAUUUCUGUGAUUCUGGGGGAAGAGACAGGAAUAACUCAGAGGACAAGGCUAUGGUCCUUUCCACACUUAGCUUCUUUUUCCAACAGUCACUUAAGAAGCCAGUUUAACCCACUCCUAGCUAACCUCCCCAGAGCUAUAGGAAAGUGUUAGGAAAUUCCUUCCAACUUUCCUUUAGCAGGCUUCAUGAGAAGAACGCAGAAUUCAAAGAAAUGUUUGUACUGAAAUAUCUUAUGGAUAAGUCAAUCUAUCUGCCUUCUAAUACUUCAAGUUGGUUUACCUGUAGACAUGCUUUUCUAAAGUAAAUCUUGGGAGAAAGGUUAGUUCUUCAAAAAUAGUUGUUCUAGAGAUGUGUGGAAUCCAAACCAUUCCCACUCUAGCAUUUUAAUUUUCCCCUUCUCUAAACAGCAGCAUUCAUAUAGCUGAGGUUUGUUUCCACAAUGACUAAAUCCAUGAGACUGUACUUAUUUCCUCCAAAAGUAAAGGAGUUCUAUGAAACAGUGAUUUUCUGCUUUUUCCUGGUGCAUCUUCUAGUGCGUGAGAAGAAAUGGACAAAAUUCAUUUGCAAUCCAUAGCAGUCUACAUCACAAGGAUCAUAAGGUAUAGUCAGUGGGGAUAUAUACCUUCUGAGCCCAAAAGGACAGGGCCCAAAGAGCUACUGAAACAGUACGUCUCCACGGGGCCUCUAGAGGCUCGCACUUUGUUGCAAUAAGGGAGGGAAGUAAUUUUGUCCUAAGUAAAACAGUUCUUCCCUAUGUCACAUCAGAAAAAGACAUAAAAUCAAUAAAAAUAUAACCAGCUUAUUCCUUUGAGGGGAAAAAAAAAACCCCAAUCAAUGGGUUCUGGAAGAUUUGGGGCAUUGUUUUGAAGCAAACUUUUGGAAACUUACUUCAAACUGAGGUUUAUUAAAAGGAAAAUUACUAAAACUAAAAAUGAAGGUGAUAAUGACUUCUGCAGCAGCCAAAUAUUAAAUUAUGAAAAAGUGGGCUGUUCAGGCUGGUAAUAAACUGCCAAGAGAAACAAACUGUUCAAAAUCCAGGACGUUUUAUGUAAAUAAGGUCAUACACAUUAGAGAUGGAAAGGAGCUAUUACAGUUCCUUCCUUCACCUACCACAACCGGAUAUUGUCUCCAGGCAGAGGACAAUAUUAAACUGAUAAUAUACACAGCUAGCAAUAAGGACAAAGAAUAGAGAAAACCUAUCUUCAAACAGGAGGUACGUUCAAAGAUACUCAUCAAGUGUAAGGAAUUUUAUUAUGACUUAUUGCUUAGGCUUUUAAACUUAUUUAAAAACAUGAAGCAGUAAUUCUUCCCAUCCUUUGUCAUGAAGGCCAUUCACACUAGUGAAAACUGGGAAGAAAUUAAAUGCUAGUGAAUGCUGCCCAUUUCACAUGGGUCACAAAAGGCUGAGCCUGUCCAGAAAAUAGCUCAAAGCUCACACAGGCUGUUUCAUGUGUUAAUAAGAAGUGCAUGGUAUGUGCCAUUAAGAGCUAUAGACCCUUUGCUUCUGUCAAGAUUUUGUUCCCAAGUAGUAUUCUUCAAGACUAUACUCUGCACAUUUCUGCAUUCCCUUCCACUUUUAGAGGGUAUAAAAAGAAUACUUUCAUGGCUAGAAAAGCCUCACGAAUCCACAGCACGUUGUUCUCUAUAUCCUUCAACUCCAGCAUGUACUAGAGAUUAGUUUGUAUCUAUAAAAAGAACUACAGCUGUUCAUGCUCGUCUACUUACAAGAGGCUUGAAAAGCAUAUAUUAAUUAGGGAGAAUUUGUCUGGGAGCACUUCAAAACUCUUGUGUGUACACCCCGUGUAACUAACAGCUUUGCCUUCCCUUCACCUCUACUCAGGCUAUAAAAUUCAUCUAGGGGAAAGCCUACAAAAUUCAUUUCACCUGAAUAUUUCUCCAAGUGAUUCACACUGUAACCCCAGUGGCAUUUGGAAUAAAUCAUUAUUAGUUCAUAUUUCAUCUCAGCAGCUUUAUUUGUGUCCUGUAUCCUCUACUUGGCAGCCAUUCUUUCCGCUUUGCUGUCUCUUUACACCCGUUAACACAGAUGACUGAUUGGAUUAAAAUAAUUUAGGACUGAGAUGAUUCAUAUUUCAGUUAAAGUCAACUGUACAGCCUGUUCUGCACUGGAGAGACUGUCUGUAGUUUACCAUGCAAGUGGGUAUGUUCCAGUGACUUGGAGGUGUGAAAGGACUAGGGCAAGACUGAGGUGUUUCCCUUUGGCCUUUUGUAGGCCAGGAGCUGUUCACAGAGCAGCCUGCUGGCAAAGAAAAUAGCAAGCAGUGUUGGGAGUUAACAGACAAGCUCUUCACCUCCACAGGCUCAAGCUCAAAUUCGGACUUGCAUCACAAAUGAGAAUGUCUGGUCUGAGCAUCCAAGCAAUUCUGCAAAAACUGCUGAGCAAUUGUCACUACUGGUGGUCCUGCAAAGAAGGUGCCAUGAGCCAGUGUAAUCAAAGGCUGCUGCGAGUCAAGAUCGAAGUACUGUUGCAUAAGGCAGCAGGCACAAGUUGCCAAUCUUUCCAAUUUUCCCAUAUUGCCAGGGAUCUCAGUCCCUAUGUUUUGCAGGUUACAGCCUCACUUUGGAAGCUGUUUUGCAUCCCCCACUGGACUAAAAUGUGGUUCUUGGUUUCUGAACCAAGAAGAUGGUUCAGAAAUAGACACAAAAAUCUGAGACUACGUCAUUGGAUAGCACAAGCUCUCCCAUGUAAAGUUUCAUAAAGGACAUUCCCUGAAGAGGCUUGGGAACACUUAUGGGCAUGCUUACAAUUGCUGUAUGUUUCCCACUGACUGGAAAAAUAGAAUGGAAAUUCCAUACCCUUCCACACAGUGCCAUGCCCAAAGGGUCACACAGAAAGUGACCCUACUUCUAACAUAACAGCACUUCCUCCAAAAGCC